UGUGUUCUUCAUUCGUCAACUACUCAAGCUCUUGCUUCGUUAUUCUUCCUUUUUUUUUUGCUCUCUAUUUCUCUGUUCUUAGUUUUUAGCUCAUCAGAUGAGGCACAAUUCCAAGAAUCAACCUCAGAGAACAUGGGCUGAAUUAUGUUGUUUCGGUUGCUCGUGCCUACAGCUUUUCUGGCCGAGAGUGGUCUUGCGCAAAUUGCUCAAUAUCAGCGCCUUAGAGUCGGAUUACAGUGCCGAUACCGAAGAUGAUGAGGAUGUAAAUUCUUCCGAUUCUGAAAUCGAAGCAGAAUGUCGUUUUAGGGGAAGAGAAUCACGCUUCAAGGUAGAUAACAGAGAUGAACCACUGGUUGAUGAUAAUGAUGUGCUGCCGAGGUUGAGAAGAAGAAAUUCAGAAACAUUUAGGACGCAAUAUAUAAACACAAAAGAACUCAGAAUAUGUGUUGGGACUUGGAAUGUUGGAGGAAAACUACCUCCUGAAGAUCUAGAUAUUGAUGGCUGGAUUGAUACCAAUGAGCCAGCUGAUAUCUAUGUCCUUGGUUUCCAGGAGAUUGUACCAUUGAAUGCUGGAAAUAUAUUUGGUGCUGAAGACAGUCGCCCAGUUGCAAGGUGGGAAGAUAUCAUCCGCGAAACAUUGAAUAGGGUUAGACCUACUACAACUAAGAUCAAAUGCUUUAGUGAUCCACCAUCCCCAUCAAAGUUUAAGCCAUUUGACGACAUCCCAAAUUUAGAGGAGGAGAUUCUGCAGGAAAGUGAUAGUGACGUUGGUGAGGAGGUGCAUCCAUGUGAUGAAGAAUUCUUUGGCAAGGAAAAUGGUGACGAACUAGUCAGGGACACAAAUCUAAGCUUGAAGAUCCCGAUUUCGGAACUUUCUGAAAAUACCAAAUCAGGGAUACCUGUAGAACAGGAUUUACUGAGGCAAUAUUCUUCUCCAAAGAGAUUGGAUCGGUUAAAUUGCUUACGGACUGAAGACAGCACAGAGAAUGACGAGGUUGUCUUGCAACCAGAUAGAAGAUUAACUAAAAUGCUUAGUGGGUCAGAAAGGAUUGGUUUAUGUUGGCCUGAGCCCCCACUACACUUACUACCCCAUAUUGUUUUAGAGAGACCUAACUCAUUUAAAUCAAUAAAAUCGUUUAAAGCAUCCAAGUCCUUUGGGAAAUAUAAUUCUUUUAAGUCAACCAUGAAUGAAAUGCCAUCAGGGGUUGCUUUGCUUGGAGAAAUUGAUCUCGAGUCUCUCCUAAAACGAAAGAGAAGAUCGUCAUAUGUUAGAAUAGUAAGUAAGCAAAUGGUUGGUAUUUUCCUCACAAUAUGGGUUCGUAAGAGUUUGCGAAGGCACAUUCAGAAUGUAAAUGUAUCUACUGUUGGUGUUGGUGUAAUGGGCUACAUCGGCAACAAGGGAUCCAUAUCUGUCAGCAUGUCCAUAUAUCAGACCCUAUUUUGCUUUAUAUGCACUCACCUGACUUCAGGUGAAAAGGAGGGGGAUGAACUUAAAAGAAAUGCUGAUGUGAGCGAAAUACAUAGAAGAACUUCAUUCCAUCCACUUAAUGGUAUUGGUUUUCCUAAAGUAAUCCACGAUCAUGAGCGGAUAAUCUGGCUGGGUGAUUUAAAUUACCGCAUCAACUUGUCUUAUGAGAAGACAAGAGAGCUUAUCUCGAGAAAAGAAUGGUCUAGGUUGGCUGAGAGUGAUCAGUUAUUGCGGGAGCUUAAGAAGGGUCGUACAUUUGAUGGAUGGACCGAGGGAAACCUAAAUUUUCCACCAACCUAUAAAUACGAGAAUAAUUCAGAAAAGUAUUGUGGCGAAGAUCCAAAAGUUGGAAGGCGUACUCCAGCAUGGUGUGACCGUAUACUUUCAUAUGGCAAAGGAUUGAAAUUGUGCAAUUAUAGGAGGACUGAAAUUAACUUUUCUGAUCAUAGACCAGUGACAGCCACCUAUGUGGCCGAGGUCGAGGUUUUCUGUCCCCGUAAGCUACAGCGAGCCCUGACAUUUACAGAUGCAGAGAUCGAAAAACAAGUAGCAAUCGAUGUAUACUGAUUUUUGAUCAGUUGCUUAGAUUGAGAUGUGGCGAGAAUGUACUUGAUCAUUCAUGUGCCUCAAAAAAGAUAAUUUGGUGUAGCUUCCCGGUGCAACGAACAUUGCAAGGUAAAUCCAAGGAGCCCAAUCUCUUACAAAACCAAAGAUUUGGCUAACAAAUGUUGUGUUUGGAGAUCAUGUAGCUCAUGAACUUUGUCGAUAACUUGUAUUUAACUCCAUUCUUUGGAUCAUAUUCUUUCUGUAGCUAGAGAUGUGUAUUGCAGUGGUUGUGUAAAUGAGUUUACUGUAGGACUUCAUUUACAUAACAUAGAGGAAUGUACCACUCUUAGUUUGUUUCUACUUCCACGGGUUUUCCAAAGUAUAUGAGAGCUUAGCAUUUGUAUAUCAAUAAAGUUUGAAUGUUUUGAGAUUGA